AUGGCCUUGUCUAUUGCUAAAUUUGCUAUCCUCCUCUUGGCUUUCUUUCCAUUUCAACUGCCAUGUUCAAGUGCAAAAAUAUGGAUCAGAUCUGGAUACUGGUUCUCAGGCAGUGGUUUACCCAUCACAGAUAUUAACUCAGCUCUCUACACCCACCUUAUCUGUGCUUUUUCAGGCCUCAAUUCUACCACACACCAGCUUUCAAUCUCUUCGUCAGAUAACCCCUACUUCUCUGCCUUCACACGCACUGUCAAACUAAAAAAUCCAUCAGUUAUUACUCUUCUGUCCAUUGGUGGUGGCCUAGCCAACUACUCAGUUUAUUCAUCAAUGGUUGGCCGAUCCUCCCAUAGGAAGUCCUUUAUUGAUUCUUCAAUAAAAACAGCAAGAUUAUAUGGGUUUGAUGGCUUAGAUUUUUCUUGGGUUUCUGCAAGUGCUGGCUCAGACUCAGACAUGACCAAUAUAGCCAACCUUUUGGACGAAUGGCGAACAGCUAUAGAAUACGAAUCCAGAAACUCUAGCAAUAAUAGUACACAACUUAUUUUAACCAUGGCUGUUCGGUACUCACCAGAUCUUGAUGCUACAGGUUUUCCGGUUGAGUCUAUAAGGAACAACUUGAAUUGGGUUCAUGUAAUGGCAUAUGAUUACUACAAGCCCAAUGGGACGAGUCACACGGGUGCUCAUGCUGCUUUAUAUGAUCCAGGGAGUGUACAAAACACAGAUUAUGGUAUAAAUUCUUGGAUAAACAGUGGAUUAUCAGCUGACAAGCUGGUUUUGGGUUUGCCUUUCUAUGGCUAUGCAUGGACACUUGUGAACCCAAACAACAGUGAAAUUGGUGCACUAGCAAAGGGACCCGCAAUUACUGAAGAUGGGUCAAUGAGCUAUAAGGAUAUCAAAGGGUAUAUUCAAAGAUAUGGAGCUGUUUCAAUGUAUAAUGCAACUUAUGUGGUGAAUUACUGCACCAUUGGAUCGACUUGGAUUGGUUUUGAUGAUGUUGAGGCUGUCAAAAUUAAGGUUGCUUAUGCUAAGAAGAGGAAUUUACUUGGCUACUCUGUGUGGCAAGUCGCACAUGACGACAAUUGGGUGCUUUCUGAAGCAGCUCAAGAAAAGGAGAACGAUCAUCAAAACAAGCGGAAGCGGCCAUUGCUCCUAAUUAUUUUGCUUCCAACAACAGCAAUAGUACUUCUCUUACUAGGCUCUGGGAUGUUGUACCGACGGAGGAAAUUGAUUAUAAGCAUAUUUAAAGAUAAGAAUUCAGAGUCCAAAAUGGAAACUACUAUGGUAGCUGCUGCAAGUACAGAUGCUCCUAAUUUGCGAGUAUUUAGUUUUGGUGACAUUAAGGCAGCAACAAAUGACUUUUCGUUCGAAAAUAAGCUUGGAGAGGGUGGGUAUGGACCCGUUUACAAGGUAAAUAUUUUAUCUUGUACACUUGGAUAA